AUGUAAUAUUCUCAAUCAAUAUAGAAGUAUAGGAAAUCUACUAGUUCGCCAAUCUUAAGAUCCCAGAGUCUCCCAGCAAUAAAUGAAUUGAAAUUUGCAAUGAGAACCAGAGCAGGGAGCGAUUAAUAGCAUUCAGUCAAGAUCAACUAGGACAGUUUUAUUGCUUGUCGAUUGUAUGAGGAAUAAUAAUGAUAGUAAUGGCUAUUAAUUCUUUGCUAUUUGUGAUGGUCAUGGUUAAAAUGGGCAUCUAGUCUCAUAAUACCUAAAGAAAAACAUCCCAAGUAUUAUUUAUGAGAAUUAGUCAUUCUAAGAAACUAUCUAAAAGACAUGUCCUUAAAUUCAGAGGGUAUCAAUUAGGCUAUAAUUCGAUCAUUCUUAAAAAUCAAUAAAGAACUACAUCAGAGCAAUAUAGAUACCAAUUUGGCAGGAUCCACUCUAGUAUCAAUAUUGAUAAAGGACUAACAAGUACAUUGUGCAAUCUAAUUCCAUAGAUAUUUUGUGCUAAUGUUGGUGAUUCAAGAGCAAUUAUUUGUCAAAAAGUCAAUACGUGGAUGGCCAUUUAAAUAAGUGUUGAUCAUAAGCCUAAUAAUGCAAAAGAAAGAGCUAGAAUUAUCAACUCUGAUGGCAGGAUAUCUCAAAGGAAAACUUUAGAAGGACAUCCUGCUGGUCCAGAAAGAGUGUAUCUCUCAUUUUCAGACACUCCAGGACUAGCAAUGACAAGAAGUUUUGGGGAUAAAAUAGCAGCAAAAGUAGGAGUAAUAGCAGAACCAGGUAUCGCUGUUUAUAUUAUAGGAAAGAGAUAUUAGAAUUUCGGAGAACUAAGGCUCACAAGUUUAUAGUACUUGCCUCCGAUGGAGUUUGGGAUUAACUAUCUAAUGACGAAGUUAUGGGUUUGAUUCUGCCAUAUUACAAAGAUAAAUAAGUUGAAUUGGCCACUGAACGGAUAGUGAGGGAAGCAUUUAAUAGAUGGAAGCAGUUCUCCAUUCUAAGAGAUGAUAUAACUUGCAUUGUAAUAUUUUUAUGA